AUGAUCGGGAAACAGGGCUAUCACGUCCUCCCAGGCCACCUGGGCCACCUGAGCCAUCCUCGACGCCUACCACUACUGAUUGGAGGCGCCGUGAUAUUCAUCAUGUGCAUAUUCUACCUCCUCUUCACGUUCGCGCCCUGCCUCGUCUACGGCUCGUGCUAUCGUGGCUACCUGAGCGCCUUCAGCUUCGACGCCAACCUCGCACACAACCCAACAUGGAUGGCUUCCAUCCCCGACGAGGUGCCACUCUCGAGCCUCAGCGUACCCGGUACGCACGAUACUAUGACUUACGAAAUUGGCGACGAAUUCCUUGAAUGCCAGAAUUGGAAUCUGUCUACCCAACUUAACGCCGGGGUUCGCUACUUCGAUAUUCGGGCCCGUCUGCGCGAGAAUGAAUUGCACAUCUACCACGCCUGGGGCUACACUGGCUUCAGUUUCCAGGAUGUUCUCCAUGAUAUGACGGAAUUCCUGGACAGCAACCCUUCCGAGACCAUCAUCAUGCGUCUCAAGCAGGAAGGCGGUCCCAUUGGCGAGGGUAACACCAGAACGUUUGAAGAUGCCUUCAACCAGUAUUCUUUUGGAGACCACCUUUACAACUACAGCUCCACGGAACCCCUCCCAUUGCUUGGCGAUCUUCGUUCCAAGAUCUUUGUGCUUCAGAACUUCCCUGAUAAGGAAGGUCCUUACGGCGUUAAAUGGGAGGGUUCUCAGAUGAUCCUUGAGGACCUUUGGAUAAUUCCCGACGUCUAUCAUUUGUCGGAGAAAUGGACCGCAAUCCGUACAGCUCUCGAGCUGGCUGCAACAGCGAGGCACGACAACAAGGCCCUCUAUCUCGCCCACCUGUCUGCAUCGGUCGGAGUCAAGCCGAUUGAGGCCGCUGCUGGCCCCAUGAACAGGACCAUCUCGGGCAUGAACGACAUGACUGGUCAGUGGAUCGAGGACUUUGAGGGCAACCCGGAGGCGACACGCACCGGAAUUGUCAUCAUUGACUUUCCCGGGCAGAAGCUCAUCGAUGCCAUCAUCCGGUGGAACAGGCCUCUGGAGAAGGGACGUCGUUGGUCAAGGUCCAGCCUGCUCAGCUGA